CGGACGUAAUUAUAUGACCCCAGAAGUCAACGAAUCAUCCGGCGUUCCAAAAUUGCGCGGAGCGUAUUUCAGUGAAAGUGUGACGUUACUGCUAUGGAUAAGAUACGAGGCGCUACUCAGCAGGCUGUGGCGAGCGGGUGCUGAUGGGGGACGAAAAGGACACCUGGAAAGUGAAAACACUCGACGAAAUUCUCCAAGAGAAGAAACGCAGAAGGGAGCUGGAAGAGAGGACAGAGCCCAAAAGCCAGAAAAAUUGCGUUCCGUGCCCUGGUCCACAGACGGAUGAUCGGGAAGCCAAACGAAACACUCCGGAGGAAGGAGAACUACGGGAUAAAAAAAUGGAAAUAACAAUCCGGAAUUCCCCGUACAUACGGGAAGACUCCACAGAGGACAGGGGCAGCCUGUUUGUUGAGUCGUUGGCACUAGACAGUCUUCCCAAUUCCAGGGGAGAAGAGGAUGAAUCGCUGGCAAUAAAGCCUCCCCAGCAAAUGGCCAGGAAAGACAAAUCUCACCACAGAAAGGAGGAGAAGAGAAAGGACAAGAGACGCCAUCGCAGUCACUCUGCUGAAGGAGUAGCAGCAGCAGGGAAACACGUGCGGCCCAAAGACAGGGAGAGUGAGCGCAGGAAGCGGCAGUGGGAGGAGCAAGACAAGGCCCGGCGAGACUGGGAGAGGCAGAAACGCAGGGAGCAGGCCAGAGCCCAAUCACGCAGAGAGAGAGCUCCUGACAGGAUUCCCCCGUCUUCCCCGGACUACAGGGACAGGUUGGAGCAGGUGGAGCGCCAGCGCGAGAGGGACCGCAAGCUCCGUGAGCAGCAGCAGAAGGAGCAGCGCGAGCAGAAGGAGAGAGAGAGGAGGGCAGAGGAGCGCCGCAAAGAGCGUGAGGCGCGCCGAGAAGUCCCGUCCCACCAUCGCGCACUGCCUGAUGAGUACGGGGACAAGCCGAAACAGAGCCACCGCAGCCGCAGCCCCAACCGGGCUCCCCAGGACCGACUGGAGCACAGCAGCGAGCCACGUAGAACUGAUGUGAAAGAUGAGAAGCCAGAGGACAAGGACCUUCUCUCUGACCUUCAGGACAUCAGUGACAGUGAGAGGAAGACCAGCACAGGAGAGUCCUCCUUAGGCUCCGGCUCAGGGUCGGGCUCUGACGAUGAGGAGGGUAAUGGCGUUGAAGAUGGAUCUAGCAGCCUGAGCGAGGGAGAGAACGAGGAAUCAGGCUCAGGAGAAUCUGACCAGACUGCAGGUGUGGUGAGUGAAGACGAGCAGUCUGAGGAAGAGUUUGAGGAAGAGAGAGAGAACGGCAACCAUAUUCCCCCAGUGCCGGAGUCACGAUUUGACCACGAUACUGAGGAAAGUGGAGAGGAAGAGGAAGAGGAGGCAGGGGAUGGAGACGUGACCCCCCAGUCUGUGUCUCACUCCCACUCAGCCACCCCUGAGCCUGAGGAGAACUACAUCCCCGACUCUCCCCCCAUCUCCCCCGUGGAGCUAAAGAAGGAGCUGCCUAAGUACCUGCCAGCUCUACAGGGCUGUCGCAGUGUCGAGGAGUUCCAGUGUCUGAAUCGUAUCGAGGAAGGGACCUACGGCGUGGUGUAUAGGGCCAAGGACAAAAAGACAGAUGAGAUUGUGGCCUUAAAGCGUCUGAAGAUGGAGAAGGAGAAAGAAGGUUUCCCCAUCACGUCUCUGAGAGAGAUCAACACCAUUCUGAAGGCCCAGCACCCCAACAUCGUCACUGUCAGGGAAAUCGUCGUUGGAAGCAACAUGGACAAGAUCUACAUUGUGAUGAAUUACGUGGAGCACGACCUGAAAAGCUUGAUGGAGACCAUGAAGCAGCCUUUUCUCCCAGGCGAAGUGAAGACCCUGAUGAUCCAGCUGCUGCGAGGCGUCCGCCAUCUCCACGACAACUGGAUCCUCCACCGCGACCUGAAGACCUCUAACCUGCUGCUCAGCCACAAGGGGAUCCUCAAGGUGGGGGACUUUGGUCUGGCCCGUGAGUAUGGGUCUCCCCUGAAGCCCUACACCCCUGUGGUGGUGACCCUGUGGUACCGUUCUCCAGAACUGCUGCUGGGAGCCAAAGAGUACUCCACAGCUGUGGACAUGUGGUCUGUAGGCUGCAUAUUUGGAGAGCUCCUUACCCAGAAACCUCUCUUCCCUGGAAAAUCUGAAAUCGACCAAAUUAACAAGAUAUUUAAGGACCUAGGGUCACCCAGCGAGAAGAUUUGGCCAGGCUACAACGAGCUCCCUGCUGUGAAGAAGAUGACUUUUACAGAGUACCCCUACAACAACUUGCGCAAGCGCUUCGGAGCCCUGCUUUCAGACCAGGGCUUCGACCUAAUGAACAAGUUCCUCACCUACUGCCCCAGCAAGAGGAUCCUAUCGGACGAGGCGUUGAAGCACGAGUAUUUCCGGGAGACACCGCAGCCCAUCGACCCCUCCAUGUUCCCCACCUGGCCGGCCAAGAGCGAGCAACAGAGGGUGAAGAGGGGCACCAGCCCGCGCCCCCCCGAGGGAGGCCUGGGCUACAGUCAGCUGGGUGACGAUGACCUGAAAGACUCAGGCUUCCAUCUGACUACCAGCAACCAAGGGGCUUCUGCUGUGGGCCCAGGGUUCAGCCUCAAGUUCUGAGCUGCGCCUGGAGGGCAGGACACCCUGCGUAUGGGAAGAGACAUACUAGCCUGUUCAGCUGACCGGACAAGAAUCAUGGGACAUUUCGUUUUUUAUGUGGCUGGACUCAUUGGGGGAAUGGCUUCCGUUGUCAGGUUCAGCUUACUGCCCUCACCCUGUGAGGGUGGAGACUGGUCGUCACAUGAUAUGAACGAUGGACAAACACACUGUCCCUUUUUUCCCAACUAUAUGGCUGAAUCCCAACCAUUGAACUUUUAAAGUAUUUUCUUGAUUCUGACAAGGUUUAACUUUUAUGGAAAUGAGGCAACUGUGCGUCAAAACCUAACUACAAUUUUGUCUGUACCUUAGCUAAUGUUGGCUUUUUGUUUUCUGUCUUUUUUACACUGCUGAAGAGGACCAGAGGUUGAAGUGGUUGGUAUUUCUUGAGAACUGGAGAUACUGUAUAAUAAUGUAGCAGUGUUAGAGCCAUGUCGAUCCAUCAUAUUUUAAGGACUUUACUGUAUAACCGAUGGCUUACAUUGACCCAGGACAUGUUUUUGCUAGAAAUAAAAUGUGAAUCUUUUAUUUGUCCACCUUUUUGCUGGUAUUUAUAAAUGCUGUCUAAGCUAAGCAAACAGCACCACACACUGCCUGCCAAAAGGGAAAAAUAAAAAGGGAAGUCGAGUCCCCAAAAAUUCCCAGCGUUGAAUCCAGCUCAAUAGCUGUCCCAAGAGUGAUGUCAUUCUUUGCACUGCACACUUUGUCUCAGGACUUUGUUCUUUCAGGGAAAAGAGCCCCAGAUUUUUAUCUUUGUUGUUAAAGUGGCUGCGAUUUCUAGGACUCAACCAAUAAAUUAUUUGAUUUCUAGCUGGAGGAAAAUAAACAGUGCAGUCUCAUUUCUGGGAGACUGCUGGCUGCUCAGACUGGAACAGUUGCAAAAUGUUCCCUCGUCUGGAGACUCUUUAGAACCAACACAAAUGGAAAUGUACAUAAAUCAGUUUUAUCUGAGAGUCCCCUCUAAGCCCUUCUGUGGAUUAUUACACCUGAUGUGUCAAAUGAGCAUGUAAAGGGAACUGUUAGUGGAACUGCACCUUCUGGAGGGAAAGUAUUGGCUCCACCUAAAGGAUAGCUGAGCAAGCGAGAUAUCGGAGGUGUUCCAUAUGUGAAUAAAGGUCUAAAUAUUU